AUGUCGGCUACGACCACUUCCAUGCUCACGACCACCACACUUGUUGGAACUAUGAAGGGUGUCGCUGUAUCUGAGAAGCAAUGUCCCAUGUGCUGGGGUGAAGGACUUCAUGAUUCUGGGGCUCAGGAUCGAAUCCACGAGUUAGAGGGGCAGCUGCAUAUGUUGACAGCUCGCGCUUCGGCGACAGCAACGAAACUCACCGAAUACGAAGACGAACUCCGACGACUACGCGCACAAUCACAAGCACAAAACUACACAACACCACGCAGCAGCGCCUCCCUCCCACCAUCAACCUCAACCUCAAACUCCACACCGCAAGAUCAACCCCGACCAACAACCUCCCCAGAAACAUCAACAACGACAGCAACCUACCACAGCCGCCUAGCAACCCUAACCUCACUCCUCCCCUACCGCCGCAGCAGCGCAACCCCAACAAGCACAAGCACAACAGCCUCAGCGGCAACACCACCACCACCAACCUCAACCUCAGUCCCACCCCCAGCCACACCAACGCUCCCGCACCAUCCCAACCACGCCCACCCCGCACAAAUCUCCGCCUCCCCAGCUAGCAGCGACAACACCUCCGAACUCCAAGACGCCCUAGAACGCGAACAAGGGCUGCGCAAAGCGGCCGAAAGCCAAUUGUCGCAGGCGAGUACCGAGCUGGAGGAGUUGACCGUUCAACUGUUUAGUCAGGCGAAUGAGAUGGUUGCGCAGGAGCGCAAGGCGCGCGCGAAGCUUGAGGAGAGGGUUGCCGUGCUGGAGCGGAGGGAUGUUGAGAAGAGGAGUAGGUUGGAGAGGUUGGAGAAUGCUAUGGCUCGAGUUGAGAGGUUGAGGGCCUUGGUUAAUCAGCAGUAG